AUGUGGGAAGGAAUGCUGCUGGCUUUUGGGAAUCCCCUCCUUGACAUCUCUGCCACCUGUGAUGAGGACUUCUUGCAGAAGUAUAACUUGAAGGCAAAUGAUGCAAUCCUGGCAGAGGAGAGUCAUCUCCCCAUGUACCCUGAAAUGAAGGCAAUGCCCCAUGUUGAGUACAUUGCAGGUGGAUCCACUCAGAACUCCAUGCGAGUCUUUCAGUGGAUCAUUGGGGAAAAAAAAGUGGCCUCUUUUAUGGGCUGCAUUGGGAAGGACCAGGAUGGUGACACCUUAAAGGAAAAAUCCCUGGAGGCAGGACUCAAUGCAGUCUUUCAGUACUCUGAUGACAAGCCAACAGGAAGCUGUGCCGUCGUGGUGACGGGCGGAGGGAAGCAGCGCUCUCUUUGUGCCAACCUGGGGGCUGCCAGUUGUUUCACAAAAGACCACAUUGAAGUGCCAGCCAAUUGGGCCCUCUUGGAGUCGGCUGAGUACUUCUAUAUCUCAGGAUACUUCUUGGUUGCAAGCCUCGAAACGGCACUGGAGGUAGCCCAAGAUGCGUGCAAGAAGGGCAAAGUCUUUUGCAUGAAUCUCAGUGCCCCCUACAUCUCAACAGCAUUCAAGGAUAGAAUAUUUGCCCUCUACCCUUAUAUUGACAUCAUCUUUGGUAAUGAAGAGGAAGCGCUGGCAUUUGCAGAAUCAAAAGGUCUCGGUGUGACAGAUCCUAAGGAAAUCGCAUUGAGAAUGGCUGAAUUGCCCAAGGCCAAUGAGAAGAGGGAACGAACAGUGAUCAUAACUCAGGGAUCUGACUCUGUCAUCAUUGUUGAAGGGAAGAGCUUGGUGGAGAUUCCAGUGCCUCAACUAAAGCCAGAGGAGAUAUAUGACACGAAUGGGGCAGGAGAUGCUUUUGUUGGAGGAUUCAUGGCACAGUAUGUGCAAGGGAAAAGCGUGGAAGAGUGUGUGAAGUGUGGGAUAUGGGCCGCCCAGCAGAUCAUCCAACAACUCGGCUGCACCUUUCCCAAGGAUCUCAAGUAUAAAUCUUGAGCCUGGGGUCAAGCAGUUCUGUGCGGUUCCGAUCCGGGACCAAGGAAGCGUCUAAUAGUAUGCAAAUUGCCAAUCCAUUUUUAUUGCAGAGAUUAUCACAGGAUUUGUUAUUUCACUUUUGGUGAUGUUUUUUUUUCACUUUGGGAAGGUCUAUUUCGCAUUCAGGUCGAUUUAUUGCACUUUAGGAAAUAUUACGCCUUGUUCACCGAGAUUAUUGAAUGUCACUGGCUGCAAAAUCUAGCCCAUGCCUGUACCUGAUAUAGGAAAUAAAGAAUCUUCGAUUUCUUUCGA